AUAUCAUGGGAGUCAGUGAUGUAGAAGAAAGGCGCCCUUUGUUACAGGCAUCUAGUGGUGUGUCUGAAGGAGAAAGCCAAGAAGACGUUGUCGAAAAUUACGAAGACUCGCUAGGAUUUAAGCAGUUCUAUUUUCUCUCGGUAUUUCAGAAGCUUUCAGACUGUUGGAAUCGAAAUGUUUGGAAUCGAGAUUCUCUAGAGAAGAUAACUGUGGGAACUUCUGCUUUUGUAGCCAAUGCUAUUUUAUUUGGCUUCAGAAGCUGCCUUGCUAUUUAUCUUGUGGAAUUCAAGAAUGCAUUUCCCAGUCAAGAUCAGCUGGUCUCGUUAGCUGUCUUCCUCCCAACUGGAAUAUAUGGUAUCAUAGGUGUUUUGACUGGGUUUUUCAAUUCAAGAUAUGGAGUGCAGAAAACAGCUUUACUUGGAAGCUUUUUGCUGUGUCUUGGUGUUGGAAUUUCAGUAUAUGUUUCAUCUGUAGGGUCUCUAAUAAUUUAUCUUGGACUUAUUGCUGGUUCUGGAACUUCCUUCAUAUUUAUUGCCAUAAACUGUGGAAUUGCUUCCUAUUUUGAUCAAAGCAGUAGGCAGUUGCUGUCUCUAAUUUCCACUGGUGGAGCAGUUGGUGCUAUAAUUUUCCCUAUUUUUGUUUCCAAACUCACAGAACUAUAUUCUUGGAGAGGCAGCCUCCUCCUUCUCUGUGCAUUUACCAUGCAUUCUAUACCAUGUGGUUUGCUGUAUUCUUUAAAGAAACUACCUCGGAAAUGGGCGCCUUCUGUCAGUAAUGAAGUAAGAAAUGGCCUUUGCAGUAGAUCCUAUCAAAGUACAGAUAAGACACCACAGGAACAUUUUGCGAGCCCAAAGAAAACCAAGUUUGAUUUAGACCAAGCAUCAAACGAUACAGAUGAGUCAGACUCAAAGCCUCAAAUGGAAAUAGAACAUGAAACAGAUGGAGCCAAUGCUAGCUCAAGACAUGAAAAUGAUAACCAUUUAAAGGGGGUCAACGUGUGUCAGUCAGAUGGCAUGUCUCGCCAUGAAGAAGAAACCGAUGCUAAACUUGGCCAAAUACGUAUGCUAUGCAUGAUAUUAAAUAAUAACACUUAUCUUCUACUUCUACUUUCCACAAUCGGAGCAGUAAGCUUUAUAAUGUCAUUUGCAACAAUUUUACCAGACUACCUUGUGAACCGUGGCAUGACCCUGGAGGAAAGCACUAGAAUAUUUGUCAUUGCAACAGUUGGGAACAUUCCUGCACGGUUUAUUACAUGUUGGUUACUUUACAAAAACAUAGCAUCAAGUAUAAUGAUCUUCAACUUAUCAGGAUUAAUUGGUGCCACACUAGCUCUUCUGUAUCCCUAUUUUGUAUCAACAUCAAUGCUUAUCUUAUUAUCCUUCAUGAUCUUUCUGGCAUCAGGAUUGGGCCUGUCCGUCUUCUGCGUGACGUUCUUGGAAAUCUUUGAAAACAGAUUGUACUCUUGUGCUCUAGGAUUCGCCAUGACUUUCUCUGGUCUGGGCCUUCCAGUAAGUGGAUACAUCAUCAGUGUUCUCAAAGAUCGAUAUGAAAGCUACGUUCCGUGCUAUUAUUUUCUAGCUCUAUUUUGUUGCUUCACCAUUGUGCCUUCCCUUAUACAUGCUUUGGUAACCAAAUGGAAAAGAAACACUAAUAGUGUUGUUUGAUUAAAUUAUACAUUUUAUAUGUGCGUGUGUGUAUGUGUGUAGUGUGCGCGUAUAUAUAUAUAUAUAUAUAUAUAUAUAUAUAUACAUAUACGUCUGAGUAUAUCAGCAUGUGUGUGAGCAAGUGUGUAUGCUUUGGUUGGUGACAAUACUAAUGGUAAUGGUUUUUCUUUUUUUCUUAAACAAAGCAAUCUAUGAUUUAUAUUUGACAAUUAUUUCAAUGAGACGCGAUAUUUGUUUUCGUUUUGUUUCUUUUUUUAUUUGCGUCCUCCUUGGAAAAAAAAAACAAUCUAUACACUGAAAAACAAUUCAAAACCUUGUAGACAAAAGCAAGAUUUAAGCAAGGAUUUUUAUGAAAAAGAAAAAAAAAAGAAAUAG